CAGAGUGUCCGCUGCCGGAGCUGAUGCGCGGCUCUCUGGAGGUGGAACUGGACGGCGCCGUGCCGCCCACCUCCGAGCCACUGCUGCGCUGCCGCCUCCUGGCUACCGUCGGAAGGGUAAAGCUGCGCACACGCGUCAAGGAGCCGCUGGAGCUGCGCUGUCGACCCGCACAGACUGCCUCCGUCAACCUGCCCAUGAAGAACGCAGGUAACAUCCCGCUCGAGCUGCGUCUGUCGGUGACCGGCCUGCGCGACUCGGUGUGGGUGCGGCCAGACCACGUCACAGUGCCUCCGCGCGGCGAGAGGGACGUGAUGCUGACGUUCCAGCCGCGCGACCGUCACAGCGGCGGCCGCGGCCAGCUGCUGCUCACCGUGCAGCCCGACGGAACCGUCUACGAGGUGGACAUUGUUGGCGUGAUCGGCGACUCUCGAACCGUGGACCGUCUGAGACCCAGCUCUCCGGAGAUGAAGUCGGCCCGCCGGCACUCGAAGACCAGGAAGCGGCGCUCCCCGUCCCGUUCACGGUCCGCCAGCAGGUCAAAGAGCAGAUCAGCCAGUCCGCGGCCGCCGCUGGCCAGUGGCAGGGGCGGCGGCAGGGACGGCCACUGGACUGAGGUGCGGGACACCAGCGUACAGACCAGUGUGCUGGCCCUGGCACCGGCCGGAGACGGGCCUGCCGCCCCCGCCCCCGCCCCCGCCCAGCCGGCGCUCCGACAGCCGGCCGAGCCGCCGCCGCAGCCGCCGAAGUCGCACCGAGUGGCGGCGCCGGCGCUCCACAGUAACAAGCGGCUGCUGCUGUGGACCGGUGUGUGCCGGGGCAGGCCCGCCGCCCGCACCCUGGUCCUGAGGAACAGCUCAGAGACGGACGGCCUGUCGCUGCGGCUGGCCAUCGUCAACGGGCCGCAGUUCACGUUCCGCAUGUUUGACGAGGAGGACGGCGGUGGCGGCGGCGACGGAGGUACGACCACCGAGCUGCACCUGCCGGCACGCUCCGGGCGCGAGGUCACCCUGGUCUACCAGCCCAACAAGGUCGAGGUGACGGCCGCUGCGCUGGUCAUCAAGCCCGUGGUGCGACAGCGCGGCGCCGUCGGCAGCAAAUUCACCAUCCCGCUGGUGGCCUACAGCGGCGCCUCGGACGUCCAGCUGAGCGUCUCACUGGAGAAGGGUCUCCAGCUGGGGGAGCUGUCGCCGGGAGCAACCGUGCGCGCGCCGCUCACUCUGACCAACGUGGGCGACCGACGGGCCUUCGUCACCGUUCUGGCAUAUAGAGACUCGGAGUGCCAGCACCCGGCAACCUCGUCCGAAUUCAGUGCCAUUCCGGCUCGCGUCUCCCUGUCGCCCGGCGAGGUGCGUCAGGUGGCGCUGGUGUUGCGCGUGCUGGCCGACCAGCCGCCGCCGGCCACGCUGCGAGUGCUCAGCGGUGACGAGCUGCUUCGACAGGCCAUCGGACAACUGUCGAGCGACCAGCCGCUGUCGUCUCGUCUGCCGUCACCCGGUCUGAUGGCCGUGGAUUUCACCAGCCCGUUCGAGGGAGAACAGGAGCCGGCGCCGCUGGAGAUGGAGGCACUCAGGAAGCUGCCCAGUGUGGCAGACACGUUCUUCAGCUGUAUGAGGCAGACCCGGCUGCCCAUCAGAGCCACGCUGAGCUCUCGCGCGGCUCCGAUCGACUGCUCGGAUGUGUUCACCGUCCUACACGCUGACGAUACGAUGGCCAGCAUUCUGAACAACACCUCCUUCGCUAACGUCACACGGGAGACCCGCCGGCCGGCGCCGACCUCCGUGGCCCCGGCUGUGACCAGGGCUGCCCCGGCCCAGCGCUCCUGUCACACGGAGCCGUCACAUGCCGCGGCUCAGAACCACCUGAACACGAGCCAGCGACCUGUUCGUCUGCCCGCCCCGGCGCUGCGCGGCCCUCCCGUCUCUGAGGUCUCGGUCGAGUCGGGUCCGGUGGGCGCCGAGCUGCUGGCGCCGCCGCCGCCCAUCCUGUCGCCCCCGUGCGGCGGCGGAGUGGCCGGCCGGCCGGCGCCGCUGCAGCUCGCCUCCGACCAGGUCACGUUCCCGACCACGGCUGUGGGACAGCGCUCGGCCGCCUCGCUCGGGUUCACCAACUCGAGCGGCGUGGGACUGCGCUGGACGCUGGAGGCGCUCGUCAAACCCUGGAUUCAGAGCACUCCGCGCGCCUGUGACCUGACCCAGGUGGGCGGCGACGUGUUCCGCUUCCACCCGACCCAGGGCGACGCGCGGCCGGGCCAGACGGUGUCACUGGCGGCUCGGUUCAGCCCGCCGGCGGCCGGCUACUUUACACAGACCUUCUACCUGGUGACCUCGGCCGACACGGCGCCGGUAGACAGCAACCAGGCGGUGCAGCCGUCCUGCCUCCUGGUGCGUGUGGCCGGCCAGGCCAUCUCGCCAGCGGCGGCCGCCGAGCCCGAGAAGUUCCCGCUGAGUGUCGAGCCCGACACGAUCGAGUUUCCGCCCAACGAGCGUGCCGUCAAGCUGGCCAUCAGCAACCGGACGCGGCUCGACUACGAGCUGGACCUGCACGUGUCGGGACCGUUCUCCGUCAACCACGAGCGGAUGCUGUCGCGCGCGCGGCGCUACAUCCACCUGCCGGUGUUCUUCCAGCCGCCGGGAACUGGUGUGUUCACCGGCCGGCUGACCCUGAGUCUGACACAGCCGUCCGGUGGUACGGCACCGCGCUGCUUCCAUGUCACGCUGCUGGGAGAGGUGCCCUGAGAGAGCGGCUGCCGCCGGCCGGAGUGAGCGGGUUCUGUGAUAGAGCGGCGUCGGGGGAUGGGCUGGUGGCAGCCGGCGCUGGUGUGGAGGUGAUGUGGUCGUCUCGCUGUGUGACGUCAGCGGUCAUAGCCGUAUGAUGUCGCGUCAGCGGCCACGGCCGUAUGAUGUCGCGACAGCGGGCAUGGCCGCAGAUGAUGUCGCGUCAGUGGUCAUGGCCGCAUGAUGUCGCAUCAACUGGAUAGUCGCCAGCUAUGUCUUCCCCCUACUACUGGCAGUAAGGAGCAUUUAAGUCCAGUGUUAUCGGACUCACUAUGCCGUCCAUAUGAUUCUUCUCGCGGGCUCAGGCCAGCUCCGAUGUCGCUGAAUGCGCUACCCGAAACUGCCACUGGUGGCACCGUAGCUCAGCCGCAGGAUAGUCGAUAAACAGAGGACAUCAGUCACCGAGACCGUAGCUCCCUCCGAGGUGUCCGCCCCGGGCUGCCUGUACCGCUCUCUGGUUGUUGGGUCUGCGGAGGUCCGGACCGUGCGGGCUCCGGCGGCUACUGCAGAUCUGUGAAGUCAGGGAUGGACGGAACACUAGGGACCAAGCGAUGAGACUUUCACAAGCUGUGAACCGAUUACUUAUAAUAGCACUGCCGCGCCGAUAUCGGGUUUUUGUGAACUGAUUAGUUAGCACUCUCACGCCUAUGUUAUUAUGCCGGCUCGGAAUAAGCCUAUCUCUCUGUGUAGCCUGUAUAAUAAUCACGAUGUCUUGACAUAACUUAGCUAUAAAGCGGCACGGGAGGAAAAUCGGGACAGUUUGAACAUGUCAUUGUGAAGUUCCUGAGAUAAGAGCUUUGUGAUGAGGUGGUACCGAUGUGUGCCCGAGACUGUCGGUUGUUCCCUUCCCUUGUGCCUUCGCUUUUUGUUUGUUUCGCGUUUUUAAUGUGGCAUUUAAAAUAAAUAUAUUUGUGGAAA